CGCGGGCAGUGAGCACUCGGCUGUCGGCCAGAGGCCUCGUCCGUCGCCGCUCGAGCUCGACUGUCAGUCGUGCGCGGGUGACGUGCCAACGCGCGCGUCGUUGCACGUGCAUGGCGCGCUUGCCUGAAUGCCUCGUGUCCUCGGGGAAUGGCUUCGUCCGAGGAAGAGGCGACAACCACGUCGAAUCCUGAAGAUGACUGCCUCAGUGUGCGAAAAUGGUGGUGCUUCCUACUCUCGUCUAUCAUCACGUUCGCCGCGGGAAUUUUCAUCGUGGGAACAUGGCGUACCGUCACGUAUAUGUUGUGCCGCAAGGAGCCGGAGCUGUCGCCGAACGACCCCAAGCAGAAGGAGCAGAAAGCGGCACGCCAGAACAAACAGGAGUUCGAAGGGACCUUCAUGACCGAGGCCAAGGAUUGGGCCGGAGAACUGAUCUCAGGUCAAACAACCACCGGCCGUAUUCUAGUAGUGUUGGUGUUCAUACUAAGUAUAGCAUCGCUCAUCAUCUACUUCAUUGACGCGUCCAGUGAAGAGGUGGAGCGGUGUCAGAAAUGGAGUGACAAUGCUACUCAGCAAAUCGAUCUUGCCUUUAACAUAUUUUUUAUGGUCUACUUUUUUAUACGAUUUAUUGCAGCUAGUGACAAACUGUGGUUCAUGGUCGAGAUGUAUUCAUUUGUAGAUUAUUUCACGAUACCCCCUUCCUUUGUAUCGAUAUAUCUGGACAGAACGUGGAUAGGGCUAAGGUUUCUCCGAGCUCUUCGCUUAAUGACCGUGCCUGAUAUUUUGCAGUACCUCAAUAUACUAAAAACAUCGAGCUCAAUUCGUUUGGCGCAAUUAGUUUCUAUAUUUAUAUCAGUGUGGCUUACUGCCGCCGGCAUUAUACAUUUGUUGGAAAAUUCUGGUGACCCAUUGGAUUUUGACAACGCACAAUCGUUGUCGUAUUGGACAUGUGUGUACUUUCUAAUAGUCACUAUGUCCACAGUAGGUUACGGUGAUGUGUUCUGUCAUACGGUACUUGGCAGGACAUUUUUGGUUUUUUUUCUCCUCGUUGGCUUGGCAAUGUUCGCUAGUAGCAUUCCCGAAAUUAUAGAGCUGGUAGGAAGUAGUUCCAAGUACAGUGGCGAGCUGAAGCGUGAACAUGGAAAAAGGCACAUUGUUGUAUGUGGUCACAUAACAUAUGAAUCGGUCAGCCAUUUUUUGAAGGAUUUCCUUCAUGAAGACAGGGAGGAUGUUGAUGUUGAGGUUGUUUUUUUACACAGGAAACCGCCCGACCUGGAACUCGAAGGGCUGUUCAAGAGACACUUUACCACUGUGGAAUUCUUCCAAGGCACCAUUAUGAACCCCAUCGACCUACAGCGGGUUAAAGUCCAUGAAGCUGAUGCUUGCCUUGUGCUAGCAAAUAAGUACUGCCAAGAUCCUGAUGCUGAAGAUGCAGCCAAUAUCAUGAGGGUUAUAUCAAUCAAGAAUUACUCUGACGACAUCAGAGUUAUCAUACAACUAAUGCAAUAUCAUAAUAAGGCCUACUUAUUGAACAUUCCAUCCUGGGACUGGAAACAAGGAGACGACGUAAUAUGUCUUGCUGAGCUCAAAUUAGGCUUCAUUGCACAGAGUUGCCUUGCUCCAGGCUUCUCUACAAUGAUGGCAAACUUAUUCGCAAUGAGAAGUUUCAAAACGUCCCCAGACACACAAGCUUGGCAGAACGAUUAUCUCCAGGGCACGGGAUGCGAGAUGUACACAGAAACUCUCUCCACAUCGUUCACCGGAAUGACGUUUCCUCAGGCGAGCGAGUUAUGUUUCACGAAAUUAAAGCUACUACUGUUGGCGAUAGAAAUAAAAGGGGAGGAGGGCGCCGACUGCAAGAUCUCCAUUAACCCUCGCAAUGUGAAGAUUCACGCGAACACUCAGGGAUUCUUUAUUGCGCAGAGUGCCGAUGAGGUUAAGAGAGCCUGGUACUACUGCAAAGCGUGUCAUGAAGACAUUAAGGAUGAAACGCUGAUCAAAAAAUGCAAAUGCAAAAACUAUGUUGGAAUGAUGAUGAUGCAGAGCGGAAUGGUGAAACAAAAUGUUAAUGCGAGUACAUAUCGAUGUGUAAGAGACGUGGCUACGUUCAGGAAAGGCGUACGUGCCGUUCAGAUGGUCGGGCGGGCAAAUGAACACCAUCCUCCCCCCACGUUCACGCCGCCAGAGUUGCCCAAGAAGGUCCAUGUCCGAGGUGACGUUGCUAGGGAUAGAGGGGAAGAGAUAAGUUUAAUAAACCGCAACCAUCGCAGUGCUGCCCCCACAGCACUUUUAUCACCGAUGGCCAACCAGCUCAUGAACUCCACCACUACAAGACAGGUCAAUAAGGUGAAGCCGAACGUAACUAGACAACCACCUGAUACGAAUCAGCAAGAUCAAGAUACGAAUUACCAGGCCUAUCAUCUAGCCUACGAAGUGAAAAAACUCAUGCCAACGAGUCGCAGUAGCGGUGGUAAUCAAAACAAUAACGGUGUCAGUUUGCCAGCGGGCCUAGCUGACGACCAGUCGAAAGACUUCGACUUUGAAAAGACUGAAAUGAAAUAUGACUCCACUGGGAUGUUUCAUUGGAGCCCUGCAAGAAAUCUAGAAGAUUGUAUAUUAGAUAGAAACCAAGCGGCCAUGACAGUCCUCAACGGACACGUGGUCGUGUGUCUGUUCGCUGACCCAGACUCCCCUCUCAUUGGUCUGAGGAACCUGGUGAUGCCGCUGCGAGCUUCUAAUUUCCAUUACCACGAGCUGAAGCACGUCGUGAUCGUGGGCAGUGUCGAUUAUAUACGGCGCGAGUGGAAGAUGUUGCAGAAUCUACCAAAGAUUUCUGUUUUGAAUGGUUCACCGCUAAGCCGAGCCGACUUGCGUGCAGUUAAUGUAAACUUAUGCGACAUGUGCUGCAUCCUGUCAGCGAAGGUGCCAUCCAACGAUGACCCGACGCUGGCUGACAAGGAAGCUAUCCUGGCUUCGUUGAACAUCAAGGCGAUGACGUUUGAUGACACGAUCGGCGUUCUUAGCGGAGUUAAUGGCAAUGCCACGCAAGCGGCUGGCACGUCUCCUGCGCCUGUGCUGCUGCAGAGAAGGGGAUCUGUCUACGGUGCCAAUGUACCUAUGAUUACGGAGUUAGUCAAUGACAGCAACGUCCAGUUCUUGGACCAAGACGACGAUGACGACCCAGACACCGAACUGUACCUCACGCAGCCCUUCGCGUGCGGUACCGCGUUCGCUGUCAGCGUGCUCGACUCGCUCAUGUCAACAACAUACUUCAAUCAAAACGCGUUGACAUUGAUACGGUCGCUGAUAACGGGCGGAGCUACUCCCGAACUAGAGCUGAUACUAGCUGAAGGUGCGGGGCUUCGGGGAGGGUACUCUACCCCCGAGAGCUUGGCUAACAGAGACAGAUGUCGUGUGGGUCAAAUUUCUCUCUACGAUGGUCCACUAGCUCAAUUUGGUGAAGCAGGCAUGUACGGCGACUUGUUUGUGGCAGCGUUACGCACAUACGGCAUGCUGUGCAUCGGCCUCUACAGGUUCAGGGAUACGUCGUCAUCGUGUGACGCGUCCAGCAAGAGAUACGUCAUUACGAACCCGCCUGAUGACUUCUGCUUACUGCCUACAGAUCAGGUAUUCGUACUGAUGCAAUUCGACCCUGGCGUGGAAUAUCGUUCAGGCCGGCGAGCGGGCGCAGCCACUGGUGCGGGGCCGGUUGCCAAUCCAGGCAAAGACGACGCCUCCUGACUAUUGCUGUGCAGCGCCCUCACUGACGGACCCUACUCCUAUAUAUAAACUAUACGGGGCUGGGCCCGUGACGUCACUCGCGACAAUCCAUUCCCCGCCCUUUCCUAACACUUUACAAUAUAUAUUGGUUUAUUAAGACACAACAUCCAAGUAUCCAACAAUAAACACAAAAUGAACUGUUUGUAGAACUAAUGCUAUUUAGAUAGUCUAUGGUAUAAAUGGCGAGAAUAUCUUUAAGUAAAACCUUUCUUCUUUAACCAGAGAGCCAUAUCUCUCUGGUUAAACACCAUUAUCCAUUUGAAAUUAUGAAGUUAAAACUAGCGUCAAUUUAAAAUAAGAACUUAUGAAUUCAACUGUCAAUUAAUGUUAGUUCUACAACGUGUCACUAUACCGUUAAAGCUUCUCUAAGCCAAUUCCAUCGUAUUUUCUCAAUUAGCUAGCGGAAACAAUUUGGCAUUAAGAGUGAUUUGUUGGUGUGAUCCCAAUAUAUUGAAACUCACAGCUUUGUAGCGGCAAACUAUACACUGUUAUUCAAAUUUAUAAACUUUGAUUAGAAACAAGUACUUAGUAAGCAACGAGAACGUUAUCAAAGAUGAUAAAAUUGAGUUUCAGUUUUGGACUACCACGCAACUUCACUACAUUAAUGUAUUGCGCAAUCAGAGCUUUUUUAUACUUGCAAUGACAAAUUUGGCUAUAUAAAAUAUUUUAACCGAUAGAAUCAAAAGGAAAUCAACCCAGAUAGUUCCGGCAUUAAUGAAUGUUCAUUACAUUCAAUAAAAUUCCAGUAAGCGAUUUAUAUGCGAUGGUUUAAAUACAUUUUAAAUAAAUUAUCUGCCAUCAAUAGAUUGAUUCUAUCGUAGAGCAUAAAAGUUAAUCUCAAUAAAAAAUCUACAAUAAUAUCUAAGCGCUACCUAAAAAAUCACGGACUAGGAUAAUUAUAACUUGAAAAAAAUAUUAACGGUGUUUUAAUAAUACAUUUAGCCCCGAUUUCACCAUUGACAUUUCAAACUGAUUCCAAUAAAACUCAGUUUUACGUAAACGAGUUCAAAAGCCAGUUUUGAUCUAGAUUAAAUACAAGCGAUUUCACCAAUACCGUUUGAGCGACGUUUUCGUAAACUGAGUUUACAUGUCCAUACACAAAAGAAUGUAUCAAAUACCUGUCAAAACUAUCAUCGAUAAGUAUGAUUAUAAUCAAAAUUGUUAAAUGUCAAUGUUUCUCUUACGACAAUGACAGUGACAGCUCUUGAACGCGAUCCAAUAUGUUGAACGUUCAAAAUUCGGCGGUUGGCGUUUAAACGUGUUUAGGCUAUAACUGCGUUUAGUUUGUGUUGGUGAAAUCUGCAUUAAAUCUGUUAACUAAUAAAGCUUAGUUCAAAGUGAUCUCACCGCGUUAUACUCCAAUGGUGAAAUUGGGGAUAAUAUACCUACAUUUACACCUUCGGUGAAUCAGACCUAAUCAUGCCGAAAAAGGAAGGGUCUGGAAAAAAUAAUUUUAUGGUGGGUAUAAGCUAUUCCUAGACUGACAAUUUUACCUCACAGUUUUGUUAAAUAUUAAACAUUCGUUUAUACUUACUAUAAAAUUAUUUAUUUGUAAGGCCCCGUUCGUAUUAUAUACAAAACACCCACAGUAAGUACUGAUAAGGCUUUAUAACAUAACACAAAACUCUUCAAUUACUUUCCAAUAUCCUUUCCUUAAAUACUCCAGAGCCUUCUGUCCACACUUUUUAAUUUGCUAUACUUUUUCAAGUUGCUUCAAUGUUUUCUCCCAACAAAGCUAUUUUUGGAUUUACAAUUAAGAUAACAUCUUUACUUACAAGAUUAAAAUCAUCUUUCUUUAUUGGAGAGGUAUUGGCCUCGUAAAUUAACUUCCUAUCUCAAACAAUUGCAAUAUUUAAGACAUUAUAUAAGGCAGUGCCUAUUAUAUUUAUUAUAAUUAAUUCAUAAUUAUAAGUGCGUCCAUUCCUUAUUCUAUAGAAUAACGUGCUACUCGAUAGAUUUUUGACAUAUAAGGCAACAUGUUGACUGAUUGAAUGAAUAACAUUCAUUGAAUGCAUAUUUUGUGAUUUAUUUGAUAUUUGCUUAAUAGUUACCACCUUGUAUGUAUCACUAUUGUAGUUUGCAUUGAAUCAUUGCUCAUUUGAAUUAUUAUUUAGUUACAUUAUAAUAUGGGUAAUGGUUACACAGUAGUUCCUAGAUUAUUGCUAUUCUGCUAUCACAAUGCACAUGUUAUCAAUUUUAAUUUAUAUCCUUUAGAAUUCAUUAUUAAUAAAUUUUUAUUAUUUU